AUUUCAGCCUACAAAAAUCAGGACAAGAGCUGCGUACUACCAGCGUCAUCCAGCAUGGAGCGGAUUGCAGGAAGCAUACUGUUAUUAUGCCUGAUCAGCCUAACUAAUGCAAAUAGCAGUCCUGAAUUCACCGAACUUGUUUAUGAAGUGUGUGAAGACACCCCUGUUGGUCAACCGGGAUUUACUAUAGCUGCAUCAGAUCCAGAUGGUGACCCACUGACUUACACACUCAUUGGGCCCAAUGCUCAAAACUUCAGAGUUGAAGAAUCUACAGGGGUUGUAUCUGUUGCAAGGCCUCUUGAUAGAGAGAGUUCUCAGGGGUAUUUGACACUUGAAGCUGGUGUUUCCGAUGGCCCUAAUUAUAGAAGCGGAGACUUAACCAUAAUAUUACUUGAUGCCAAUGACAACGCACCCACCUUUCAGAGGCCUUCUUAUGACACAAGUGUUCCAGAAAAUACUCCUGUAGGCACAACUUUGUUUAAAGCAUCAGCCACUGAUGCUGAUACAGGAACUGCUGGCAUUGUUACAUACACCAUGGAUGAAGUAAUCCCAAAUGAUGGGUUUAGUCUGUUCAGCAUUGUAAGAGAAAGUGGUGAUGUCAAACUGAUCAAGCCCCUGAAUUAUACCUCACUGAGUACUUACUAUCGGCUGAAGAUCAAUGCCAGUGAUGGUGGAGGCAAGUGUCAUAAAUCUAAUACAGAAUACUUGUCGAGCACUGUUUAUUCCUUCGUUACUGUUGAGGAUGUCCCAGAUCUUGACCCUCAGUUCAUCGGCGUUCCCUAUGUUGGAAGUGUUAGAGAGCAUUCACCUGUGGACACAUCUGUGCUUAAAGUGACUGCUGUGGACCCAGACAUAGGAGUCAGUGAUGCAAUCAGCUAUAGCAUUGAAGAAAUUGACAGAGAAGUUAUUGGUGACACUGUAACUCUGACUGUGAAGGCCACUGAGUCUAAAGAAAACAUCCACGGGGUCCGUGCCAGCGUCACAACAACUGUGCAGAUCAACAUCCUUGAUGACAAUGACAAUAAGCCAGAGUUUUACAAGUGUGGAGACUCAGGGGACGACUGUGUAACAGCAACUGAAUUCACUGGUGAGAUCUUGGAGCACUCACUGGGAUUUAUUAACAUCGGCAUGACUGUCAAAGAUCCCGACAAGAUUUCCAACACUCAGCUAAUCUUGGAUGGAGAGGACAAAGCCGUGUUUUCUGUGGAACCUCAAUUUACCACUGUAGACAGCAUCGUUCAGAUCAUGAUCAGGCAGCCCGAAAAUCUGGAUUUUGAAAAAAAACGGCAAAUGACUUUACAGGUGACUGCUGUAGAUCAAUAUAAACCCACCUUCAGCUCCACUGCUCAAGUCACUAUAAACAUCAAGGAUGCCAAUGACAACAGUCCAACCUUCAAACAGGACACAUACAGGUUAAAUGUGUCAGAGCAUUCACCCAUUGGGACAGAAUUGGCCAUAAUUACCGCAGAUGAUCCAGACACAAUGGAUAAAGGCAACCUGACAUACAAACUUUUUCCCGACAGCAUAUUACCUUACUUUGACGUGGAAUCACGCACAGGCAAAGUUUAUGUGAAAAGCCAAGAGCUCCUGGAUCGUGAGCUCAGAUCUCUGUAUACAGCGACCCUACAGGCCAGAGACACAGAUGGCAAGCCUGGCUCUACAGUACUGGAGAUCACACUGACUGACAUUAAUGACAAGCCUCCAGUCAUGAACAGAGAUUCUUACGUGGCUUUUGUUAGAGAGGGCCAAGAGCUUGAAGUCAAAAUAGAGGCUACUGAUGGAGAUGAGCCCAAUACUCCAAACAGCCAAAUUGUGUAUGGUAUCGUGUCAAGCACAUACAGUAAGAACUUCACUAUAGACCCUGAAACCGGUGUUUUGACAAACCAUGUUGAACUGGAUCGUGAGGCCUUGGAUCCAGUGCUGGAAGGGGAGAUUAAACUUGUAGUGACUGCUACAGACCAGGGUGAACCCCCGCUAUCCACCAAUGUCACAGUUACCAUCAAUGUACAGGACAUCAAUGAUAACACGCCAACAAUUUUUGCCCCAUCUUACAAAUUCUCUGUUAAAGAAGGAGAAAAAGGUGCAUUUGUUGGCUCUGUUGAAGCUGAGGAUUUGGACCAAACAGCAGAGUUUAAUCGCAUCUCUUUCAGCAUUGUCGAUGGGAGCUUUGGGAACUUCAUCAUUCGAACCUUCACUGCCACAAGAGGUUUCAUGGGAAACAUCACUGUGGACCCAGACAUUGAGCUGGACUAUGAGAAAGGCCCCAAAAAGUUUAAUAUGAGGGUAGAGGCAGCAGAUCUGGAGUCAAAUAAAGCUACAGUGAUGGUGGACGUAGAUGUGCUUGAUGUAAAUGAUGAGCGACCUGAGUUCACGCCAAUAGCAUCUAUGACAGUGAAGGAGAACACCACAGUAGUGGAAGCUGUUGGGAGUUUUAAAGCGGAAGAUAAAGACGGGAGUCAUUCUCUGGUCUUUGAGCUGGAAUCCGUCAAAUGCAGAUGCAAUAACACCCUAGAUUUCUGCGACUUGUUUGUCCUGGAUCCAAACGGAGAGGUCAGGGUCAACCCUAAGGUCACGGUGGAUUAUGAAAAAUGCGACCAGGCGAUUGUAGAGGCUCAGGUGGUGGACAUUAACACAGAGAAGGGAUAUAACAACAGCGCCACAACAGGCCUAAUGGUGAUCAACAUUGAAGACAUCAAUGACAAUGCCCCAGAAUUCAUUUUCUCAGACAGUCAGGUGUUUGUUGUGGUGUCAGAAAGUGCAAGCAAAGGGACAUCAGUUGCAGGGGUCACUGCUACAGAUCGUGACAGUGGCAUAAACAGUCAGAUCGAGUUUAAAGUGACAGAUGUGAAAUUCCAAAACACCAACAAUGAAAUAAGUGACAAGGGGGCACUGUUUGAGGCUGUCACCACACAGCAAAAUGACCGCUAUGUUGGGAUUAUUCAAUCUACACAGACACUUGAUUUGACACUGAAGGGGAAGUAUUUGGUAACAGUCUCUGCGACUGAUCCCGGCAGCCUGUCCUCUAGCACCGUGCUGGAUAUUUUCACAGUCGAUGAAUCCUACAAAGUCGAACUCAGGUUUGCAAAUAAUCAGAUUGAGGUUGAAAAAAAGCUCAGUGAGAUCAAGAGAGCACUUAUGACUGCCACUAAGGCUGCCGUUGAAAUUGUUGCUCUUAGGCCUUACAACAGUGAGACAUCCAGGGCUACAGAGAAAACUGUUGUGGUAGCUUAUUUUGUCUAUGCCAAUGGAACGGCCCUUACCUCUGUUCAAGUGGAAAUAAUGCUCUCUGAUGCGGAACACUUUCCUAAGCUGAUAGAGCUUGGGCUAGAUAACAUUGGGACUGCUCCCGAGGAAGAAAAAACGGUGGACACAGUAAAAUAUGUCCUGCUGGGGAUUGUGGCAGGCCUUGUCAUUGUACUUCUUGUCCUCACCACUUCACUCCUCUGCACUCGCAGAAACUACAGAAGGAAGCUUAAGGCUGCUAAAGCUGCAGAAUCUGCAUCCAGUAUGAAUUAUGACAACCAGAAAAAUGGUCUUAUGCUACCUGGAACCAACAAGUAUACUAUGGAAGGUGCUAAUCCUGUGCUCAACCUGAACAUCGACACAACCAUCGAGUUAGAAGAGAGCAGCUCUGAUGAUGACAAACACAGCCAUCUAAGCUUCAACUCCGACGACUCUGACUUGGAAAGUGCUCGACAUCCGAAAGAGGAUCCACCAGGGUACACUGAGCCUUUGCAUGAAGCACUGACCCUGGCUGACCAAAACCAAAGCACUGACAACCCCCUCAUGGGGUACAGCAACCCUGUAUUUGACACCACAGAUUUGUAAUGUAAAUAGUGAAGGCCAGAUGCCUCAGCUAGACAAAUGUAGCUUCUUUGUAAUCAGGCAUACCAAAUCAAACUUAUUAUAUAGUUCUUGAUGAAGACUUCAUCUUCAAAUAGCCUUUUCUGUAUUACAGAUUUAACUUUGAAGCCUAAACACCCUUUACAAGCAUAAAACUGAACCAAAGGGGGGGUCCUAUUUUGUGAAAAAGAUCUAAUUGUAUAAAAGUGUAAUGAUUUCAAAGACCUUAUUCUAAUCCAGGCAAAGAGCUGAAGUAUGCGAACUGCUUGUUUGCUGUAGCCUCAUAGUUUGUACAUAGGUAUGAAAGUGAAAUCAAUAUCGAUGGCCUAAAAAUAUCUAAAUAAACUCUUCCUCUAUCUUUCUGUAGAGACAGUUUCAAUCCAUGCAGUAUAAAAAAAUGAAUAGCAGCAGUGGUUAAACACACAAACUUCUUGCUUGAUGCACAUGUGAAUCACUUUAUUUUUGUUAUUAUAAUAAGCAGUGGUUUAAAAAGGGUUUGAAUUGCUUUUGAAAGAAACUGUUUCUUAAAGUUAUACCAACACAGAAAUCAAGAAAAACAGAUAAAUUUAAAAAAAAAGGUUUCAAAAUGUCAGUGUAUGAAUGAAACCCUUAUUUAUAACUGUGUGUCUGACAAAAUCUCGCUCUCUCUUUCCCUGUUUUAAUUUGUCAGUGUUUGCUAUGAAAUUCUUGAUGAAGAGAAAAAAAAAAAAAACUCAUGCAGAGUGACUUCCAACAAGCAGCAGAUUGAAAAGAUUAUUCACUGUUUACUGACACCUAAAUGAAUGUAACACAAGUGCAAUCCAUGAAUAAAUUCUGAUCCUUUGAA